AUGGCGUCAUGGUUCCGGAAGAACUUGCUGUUGGUGAUGACCAUCGGGUCCGUGAUCGUUGGUGCUUUACUCGGGUUUGCCGUUCGUUCUCUGCAUCUUUCACCACAGACGAUCAUGUUGGUGAGCUUUCCUGGAGAAUUGCUGAUGAGGAUGUUGAAAAUGAUGAUUCUUCCACUUAUUAUUAGUUCUCUCAUCUCAGGUCUUUCACAACUGGACGCUAAGCAAUCAGGAAAGAUGGGAUCGUUGGCAAUUACGUAUUACGUUCUCACAACAGCUAUCGCCGUCGUUACAGGAAUUGUUCUUGUGUUGACGAUUCAUCCUGGAGAUCCAAGCAUUAAACAGGAUCUUGGUGAGGGUACUGAAGGCAAGAAAGUCAGCACACUCGAUACGUUGCUGGAUUUGUUGCGGAACAUGUUCCCGGAAAACAUCGUAGCAGCCACAUUCCAACAGGCCCAGACGAAAUACAUUACGGUACGUCCAAAGAUUCUCAAAGUCAACGACACACUUCAUCUGGAGAUGCUCAACAAUGGCACCCUUGACUACGUAAAAGCUGCUCUCGAAUACAACGACGGUAUCAACGUUCUGGGUAUCAUCGUGUUCUGCAUUGCUCUGGGCAUAUCCUUGUCACAACUCGGAGCUGAAGCUGAUGUGAUGAUCCAAUUCUUCGCGAUUAUGGAUAAAGUUAUUAUGAAGCUUGUAAUGACUGUCAUGUGGUACUCACCUUUCGGUAUCAUGUGUUUGAUUAUGGGAAAAAUCCUUGAGAUCCACGAUCUUGCAGAUACGGCUCGAAUGUUGGCUAUGUACAUGGUCACUGUAUUAGCUGGUUUGGCUGUACAUUCGCUUAUAUCCCUACCGGCCAUAUUUUUCCUGACAACCCGUAAAAACCCAUUUACAUUUAUGCGUGGUCUACUUCAAGCUUGGAUCACGGCCCUCGGAACGGCAUCCAGCUCAGCCACUUUACCGAUCACCUACAAUUGUUUGGAAGAAAAUCUUGGAGUUGAUCGAAGGGUGACACGAUUUGUCCUGCCUGUCGGAGCCACUAUUAAUAUGGAUGGAACGGCAUUGUACGAAGCGGUUGCGGCCAUUUUUAUCGCUCAAAUGAAUGGAGUCAAUUUAUCCUUCGGCCAAGUCAUCACAGUUAGUCUCACUGCCACUUUGGCAUCAAUUGGUGCGGCAUCGGUCCCGUCAGCUGGCCUGGUCACAAUGCUUUUGGUGCUUACAGCAGUAGGCCUUCCAGUAAAGGACGUUUCACUGAUCGUUGCUGUUGACUGGUUACUCGAUCGUAUCCGCACAUCGAUCAACGUACUUGGGGAUGCUUUCGGAGCUGGAAUCGUCUAUCACUACGUGAAAGAGGACCUUAUCGCACAUGAUCGGGUUCAUCCGAUGCGUACGCUUUCAUUGGGUGAGUUGGCCUCCAUCAUUCUCCUUUUUGUUCACUAA